UGCAUAUACUCGGAGUUGCCAGAUUCAUGCAAUUCUCGUUAUAACAUCCUCAUCCGUCUUUUCUGUGCAUGCCCCUAUGAAUUUGCAUUUUGCCUAGCCGGGCAUUGUCCGGUUGUUCUGGCAGGCGACUUCAACUCGGAACCUGACUCACCGCUGGUCACUGAUUUUCUGCUUGGUCAGGGCCUUGAUCUUACACAACGCCAGUACAAAGUAUCCGAUAUAUCCGGCCAGAAUAAUACCUCCUUCCGUAACGGGCGCUCCUCUCGACUACUUUCCCCCACCGAAGUUCCUCCACGUGGCAGUGGAAUUACCGACGAAUGCAUAUUUGCAGAGGAUAAAAGCGCUGCUUCCGCCAACAUUGGCUCUGGAACCUUGACGCAACCAUUUAAUUUUCAGUCGACGAACACCUACUGGUUGGACGUCUCUGCUCUGAAGGCCCCCCGGUCUUCCUGUUCACCUCACGAGGCCGGUUCAGACUCGAACCACCUUAUUGUCCCCUGUGGAGAAGUUCCGUCCUCCCACCUACUGCUGCUCGACCAUCCAGCGCUCACUCGCCCCUUAAAGCCCGGCAAUCGAGGCUUCGGCCGUCUUGUCACUUCGUUCACCAGCGCCAACACCUGCGCCGUGGACUACAUUCUCUUCGCCAACUCAUCGAGCCAGUCGACGGCUACAACUGCUUCCGCCUCGAUGGUUUCGGAAUCGAGACCAGCCUCAGAUUAUGGCACUUUACGCCUGGUUUCUCACUGUCUUCUCGUGGACCCUGCUACCCUACACUCUGCUGGCGGCCUUCCCAACGCAGCUGCCGGCUCAGAUCAUAUCCCACUUACGGCCACAUUUGAACUUAUCUAG